AUGAGUAACGAAGACAUAAGAAUCAAGUAUAUGAAAUUGGUUCAAAUGAUGAUUCUUCAAGUAUCUAUCAUUAUUGUUCUAAUAUGUUCGCUAAAAAACAAGCGUAGAAGAUCCCAAAUACCUUAUAGACUUAUAGAGCAAAGAGAGAAAGUUAGAAAUGAGUUGAUGAAACAUAUUAUAGGAAGUGAGCGAUGUUAUGAUAUCAUUCGUAUGGGUCCCAAAGCUUUCUUAAACUUGUGCACCUUAUUACAAGAUCAAGGUGGACUUACACAUACACGAAGAGCGACUAUCGAGGAACAAGUAGCAAAAUUUCUUCAUAUAGUAGGACAUAAUGUCAGAAACCGUGUGAUGUCUUUCUUUUUUAGACGCUCCGGUGAAACUGUUAGUCGUCAUUUUCAUAGAGUUCUUGAUGCUUUGAUAGAGGUAGAGGGAAAAUUUUUAAAACAACCUGAUGGAACACAAGUGCCUUCGCGGAUACUUAACAACCACAGAUUCUACCCGUAUUUUAAGGACUGUAUUGGAGCAAUUGACUGCACACAUGUGCGUGUUAAAGUUCCAAUUGAACUCGCACCUAGAUACCGUGGUAGAAAAGAUUAUCCCACACAAAAUGUGUUCGCUGCAUGUUCAUUUGACUUGAAAUUUACCUAUGUUUUGGUUGGAUGGGAAGGAACCGCAUCUGACUCAAGAAUAGUUAAGAGUGCGUUGACACGUGCACACCCUCUUAAAGUGCCACAAGGAAAGUAUUAUCUGGGUGAUGCAGGAUUUCCUUUAAAAGCAUGUCUCAUCACACCGUAUAGGGGAGAACGAUAUCACUUACAAGAAUACUCUAGAAAUCCACCUCGAAACCCCCGUGAGUUAUUCAACAAUCGACAUUCGUCAUUACGGAUGUCAAUUGAAUGUGCAUUUGGAGUGUUGAAGAAAAGAUUUCCAAUUUUACAAACUGCAACGGAGCCUACAUUUGAUAUUAAAACUCAAAAUAAAAUCAUCAUUGCUUGUUGCAUUUUACACAACUAUUUGAUGGGUGAAGACCACAAUCAAACUCUAAUAGAUGAGGUGCAAGAAGAGCUUGCAAACGAAAGAGAUUUUCAAGAGGGUCAUCAAUAUCAUAGAGAAGAAAAUGAUGAUAUGAUUAGCGGAGAGCCAAUUAGAGAUAAUGUUGCGGGUUCUAUGUGGCUAGAUUAUUAA